AUGGGUGCUGGAGAUGACAAUGUUGAUGCUGGUUGGCUUGGUAGGCAAGGAAUAGCUUUAGCAUUACAUUCUGCUGCUGAUGUUUUGAGAACAAAAGACUUGCCUGUUGUCAUGACAUUUCUAAUAUCAGGGCUCUGGCUGAUCCAAAUGCUGAUGUUAGAAGGUAGAAUGAUUAAUGCUGGUAUAUUGAUCAUUGAUAAAAAUGGAAAGGAUAAUGUCUCGUUGUUAUUUCCCAUCUUUGAGAACUACUUGAACAAAACAGCUCCAGACGAAGAAAAAUAUGAUUUGGUUCGUGAGGGUGUGGUUAUCUUUACUGGGGCUCUGGCAAAGCACUUGGCAAAGGACGAUCCCAAGGUUCAUGCUGUUGUGGACAAGUUGUUGGAUGUUUUAAAUACUCCUUCAGAAGCAGUUCAGCGGGCGGUCUCUGCCUGCUUAUCUCCAUUAAUGCAAUCAAAACAAGGGAUUUGGCAUUUCCUGCUUGAAAAAGUUCAACAUAGUGAUACACUUCAAGAGAGUCUUGCUGAGAGGAGCUCUGCGAAAUCUCGUGAAGGAGCCUUACUUGGAUUUGAGUGCCUUUGUGAAACACUGGGCAGAAUAUUUGAACCGUACGUGAUUCAAAUGUUACCAUUACUUUUGGUUUCGUUCUCUGAUCAAGUUGUUGCGGUUCGGGAAGCGGCUGAAUGUGCUGCUCGUGCAAUGAUGUCUCAACUUAGUGCUCAAGGAGUGAAGCUUGUCCUUCCAUCUCUUUUGAAGGGUCUUGAAGAUAAAGCUUGGAGGACAAAACAAAGUAGUGUACAACUUCUUGGUGCUAUGGCUUACUGUGCUCCUCAACAGUUGUCUCAGUGUCUCCCUAAGAUUGUUCCCAAAUUGACUGAGGUUUUGACUGAUACGCAUCCUAAAGUCCAGUCAGCUGGGCAAAUGGCCCUUCAACAGGUUGGGAGUGUCAUAAAGAAUCCAGAAAUAUCUGCUCUUGUCCCUACUCUACUUAAGGGGCUCAGUGAUCCAAAUGAGCAUACAAAAUAUUCCCUUGAUAUUCUUCUCCAAACAACCUUUGUUAAUUCAAUUGAUGCGCCUUCACUUGCAUUAUUAGUACCAAUAGUACAUCGAGGGUUGAGGGAACGUAGUGCUGACACCAAAAAGAGGGCAGCCCAAAUAGUUGGAAACAUGUGUUCCUUGGUUACAGAACCGAAGGAUAUGAUUCCAUAUAUAGGAUUGCUACUUCCUGAAGUAAAAAAGGUGCUUGUGGAUCCUAUACCUGAAGUUCGGUCAGUUGCUGCUAGAGCCAUUGGAUCCCUUAUAGGAGGAAUGGGUGAAGAAAAUUUCCCUGAUCUUGUCCCGUGGUUGUUUGACACAUUAAAGUCUGAUAAUAGUAAUGUUGAACGCUCUGGAGCAGCACAAGGGCUGAGCGAGGUCUUAGCUGCUCUUGGUAUCGAGUACUUUGAGCUUGUACUUCCUGACAUUAUUCGAAAUUGCUCCCAUCCGAAGGCACCUGUACGAGAUGGAUACUUGACUCUGUUCAAGUACAUGCCACGGUCGUUAGGAGUCCAGUUUCAAAACUAUCUGCCCCAGGUGCUUCCUGCUAUUCUAGAUGGUCUGGCUGAUGAAAAUGAAUCUGUACGAGAUGCUGCACUGGGGGCUGGCCAUGUUCUUGUCGAGCAUUAUGCAACAACUUCUCUACCCCUUCUCCUUCCUGCUGUUGAGGAUGGCAUUUUUAAUGACAGUUGGCGAAUUCGACAGAGCUCAGUCGAGCUGUUGGGUGAUCUAUUAUUCAAAGUUGCUGGAACUUCUGGUAAAGCUUUACUUGAGGGUGGCAGUGAUGAUGAAGGUUCUAGUACAGAGGCACAUGGUCGUGCCAUCAUUGAAGUUCUUGGGCGUGAUAAGCGUAAUGAAGUACUUGCUGCAUUGUAUAUGGUCCGAGCUGAUGUCAGUUUGUCAGUGCGUCAGGCUGCUUUACACGUGUGGAAAACUAUUGUGGCAAAUACCCCCAAGACUCUNAGGGAAAUUAUGCCAGUUCUGAUGGACACUUUGAUUACGUCCCUUGCAUCACCAUCAUCUGAAAGGCGGCAGGUUGCUGGACGAUCACUGGGUGAACUUGUCAGGAAGCUUGGUGAACGAGUACUUCCCUUGAUAAUUCCAAUCUUAUCCCAGGGCCUGGGCGACCCUGACAGCAGCAGAAGACAGGGUGUAUGUGUUGGUCUGAGUGAAGUGAUGGCAAGUGCUGGUAAGAGUCAGUUAUUGACUUUCAUGAACGAACUCAUCCCAACUAUUCGGACUGCACUCUGUGAUAGUGUGCCUGAGGUUCGUGAAUCAGCUGGUUUAGCAUUCAGCACCUUAUAUAAGAGUGCUGGAAUGCUAGCUAUUGACGAGAUUGUUCCAACACUUUUACAUGCAUUGGAGGAUGAUGAAACUUCUGAUACCGCACUUGAUGGUCUUAAGCAAAUUUUAAGUGUCCGAACGAGUGCGGUAUUGCCACAUAUUUUACCGAAACUGGUUCAUCCUCCAUUGUCUGCCUUCAAUGCACAUGCUUUAGGAGCUUUAGCAGAGGUUGCUGGUCCUGGCCUUAACUUUCAUCUUGGUACUGUGCUUCCACCUUUGCUAUCUGCAAUGGGUGACGAUAACAAGGAGGUGCAAACAUUGUCUAAGGAAGCUGCUGAAACAGUGGUCUUAGUUAUUGAUGAGGAAGGUAUUGAGCCACUGAUAUCAGAGCUGGUCAAAGGUGUUAAUGACAGUCAGGCUGUUGUAAGAAGAUCUAGUUCAUAUCUGAUAGGAUAUUUCUUCAAAAAUAGCAAGUUAUAUCUGGUUGAUGAAGCUCCAAACAUGAUAUCUACCUUAAUCAUCUUGCUAAGUGAUCCUGAUUCUUCUACUGUUGCAGUUGCUUGGGAAGCUUUGUCAAGGGUCAUUAUUUCAGUACCCAAGGAGGUUCUUCCUUCUUAUAUAAAACUUGUCCGAGAUGCUGUGUCAACAUCACGAGACAAGGAACGGAGGAAGAAGAAGGGAGGGCCAAUUCUCAUACCUGGAUUUUGUCUUCCUAAAGCACUUCAGCCUAUAUUGCCAAUUUUUCUCCAAGGUCUGAUAAGCGGGUCUGCUGAAUUGAGGGAGCAGGCUGCUCUGGGACUUGGCGAAUUGAUAGAAGUUACCAGUGAACAAUCACUCAAAGAGUUUGUCAUCCCAAUAACAGGGCCUCUUAUCCGAAUUAUAGGUGAUCGAUUCCCAUGGCAAGUGAAGAGUGCCAUCUUGUCUACUCUAACAUCGAUGAUAAAAAAGGGAGGAAUCUCCCUGAAGCCUUUUCUUCCUCAGCUGCAAACAACAUUUGUCAAGUGUCUACAGGAUUCUACAAGAACUGUUCGAUCUAGUGCUGCGUUGGCACUUGGGAAGCUUAGCGGACUCAGUACCAGGGUUGACCCUUUAGUUAGUGAUUUGCUGUCCAGUUUGCAGGGAUCUGAUGGCGGAGCACGGGAAGCUAUUCUGACUGCAUUAAAGGGUGUCUUGAAGCAUGCUGGGAAAAAUGUCAGCUUGGCUGUUAGAACUCGUUUUUACAAUGUUCUCAAGGAUUUAAUUCAUCAUGAUGAUGAUCAAGUUCGGAUAUUUGCUUCUAGCAUAUUGGGAAUCUUGGCACAGUACCUUGAAGAUGUUCAGCUGACAGAGUUGAUUCAAGAACUGUCAACUCUAGCUAAUUCACCUAGCUGGCCAGCCAGGCAUGGUUCCGUCCUUACAAUAUCUUCCUUGUUUCGUUACAAUCCCUCAACAAUCUGUUCGUCUUCCUUGUUCCCAACUAUUGUUGAUUGCCUUAGAGACACCCUAAAGGAUGAGAAGUUCCCUCUUCGAGAAACUUCAACCAAGGCAUUGGGAAGGCUGCUUCUUUAUAGAGCUCAGAUAGAUCCUUCUGAUACAGUGCUUUACAAAGAUGUUCUUUCACUGCUAAUUUUAUCCACCCGUGAUGACUCCAGUGAAGUUAGGAGAAGGGCAUUGUCUGCCAUAAAAGCUGUUGCUAAGGCAAAUCCAUCGGCCAUUUUGUCACAAGGCACCAUAGUUGGUCCUGCACUAGCGGAUUGUUUGAAAGAUGCGAAUACCCCAGUUAGACUUGCUGCAGAACGAUGUGCGCUGCAUGCCUUCCAACUUGCAAAGGGUUCAGAAAAUGUUCAAGCAGCUCAGAAGUAUAUUACUGGUUUGGAUGCUAGACGUCUAUCCAAGUUUCCCGAAUAUAGCGAUGACAGUGAUGAUAGCGACGAGGAUACCUCGAGUAGCUAAAUAGUUUCUCUUUCAUCAAGUGCUGUGUUUCUCCUUUCUUCAUGGUCUAAGUACAGAAUUCUCCUUGAUAACCGAUUUUUCCCGUAGCACUGUGAUAUAGUCAAAAAUAUAUAUAGAAAUAUGCAAUUUGAGGCUUUUUACCCAAUUUUUUGCGCCAGGGUAUUUGAUUAUAUCAACGACUUUGUAAAUUAGACGAGUCUAAUUAUUUGUAACUAUAUUUGUAUUUCUAAUCAAUUUUGGCGGUAAUAUAUUUUUUACCUACAA